AUGCCUCCUGUCAAGCUCCCAAGGGCUACAUUGGAACAGAAAAUUCAAAUUCUAGAUUUCUAUCAUCACUCUAAUAGGCCACAGCUGGAGACAGUGGAUAGAUAUAAGAACGAAAUAUCAAUAUCAACUUCUUCUUUUAGUGAAUGGUUGAAAAAUGAAGAAGAAUUGAGGGAGCGCUUGAACCAGGCCGGAUCAUCGUUUUCAAAGAAUAGCAGACGAAAAGUUAAAUUUAAAUACGAAAAAAUUAACAGGGCAAUGGAUCUCUUGGUGAAACAGAAGCUUGAGAGAAAUGAGCCUAUAAAUGAACCUAUAUUGAGAGAAUACUGGUCAAUUUAUGCACACCAAUAUGGCGUCGAUGACCCCAAAAGAUUGGUAGGUUUCAGCCAUGGAUGGUUGAGUCAGUUCAAAAAAAGACAUGGUUUAAACAAGAAAAGGAUGAGUGGGACCUUGGCAGGUAACGAGGUUCCAUCUCACAACACGAAUAGCAUUUCAGGUACUACGACAACCUCAAGUUCGACUGAUCCAGUUGAAGUCUACAAUUCUAAUUUUAAUACAUCAGGGAACCAGACAGCUGCCCCGGUAAGCCUCACUGCAAAUUCAAAUGGUAGCAGUACUGAGUCCGGAAGGAAUGCCUCAGUACCCGACGAAAGUCGUAGUCCAGGCGAUUUUACCGCCAAUACAACGCCACCUACUUAUGAUCUAAUGGAUCCUCUGACUACAAACUCACAAGGAAGGCAGUUUCAUACACAACAUGGGCUCAAUUUCUCAAAUGGGUCCUCAAAUCUUAACAUUUCAAGUUUUGCAUUAUACCAACAACAGCAACAACACGCUCAACAGCGCCAGCAACAACAGCAACAACAGCAUUUCAACCCUGGCACGCAGAAAGAUAUUACUUCAAAUAAUGACAACGCAGCAAUGUAUGACUAUCAGCAUCAUUAUCGAGCGCAAUUCGAAAAGCAGAAGCAGUACAAGCAACAACAACAGCAACAGCAACAAGUCCAGCAGGCGCAAGCUCAAGUUCAACAGCAGCAACAACAACAGCAACAGCAACAAGUCCAGCAGGCCCAAGCUCAAGUUCAACAGCAACAGCAACAACAGCAGCAGCAAAGGUUGACAAGGUCGAAUGCUAGGGCUGGCUUAGGGGGGACCUCAAGCGUUCUGAAUACUGACCCGGGUGCUCCCGCAUCACAUCCAGAGAUCGAAAGCGGACUGAAUAUCAGUGCCUCUGAUAUUGAAAGAUUCAUUUAUAUGUUUGCAGAUAGGUUCUUCCAUGAUCAUCAGUAUGAAUACCCUCAAACUGUUACCAUAUUUCAAAAAUUUAAAAAUUCAUUUUUCAAUGAGAGAAUUACCAAUAUUAGAUCGUUGCAACAGCGUCAUCAGCAACUGCAAAUAAUCCAACAGACAGGAGUAGAUGCUCCAGUUCAACUUCAGCCUAGACAAUCUCCGCAACAUGUUCAACUUCAGCAAACUGCUCUGCAGCAGAUUUCUGGGAUCGACGAUUUCUUCUUACGAGCAGCAGUUACAUCACUGCAACCUCGAAACGAUGGAUCCUCUUCUACGACAAGUGAUUCUUUACACGAAAGAAUUACGAGAAAUCUGGCGGAUGACACUAUACUCUCGAAUGGCGUUAAUAAUAUCGCUUCCAACAGUUCGGGAACAGGCAAAACAUGGAAGAACGACAAGGUAGACAUGAACUAG